AUGCCACAAACCUAUCCUUGUCGCAUGUACUUCGCAAACUGGGAUGUGGCCGGUUCAUGGAUGAGGUUUGAAGGUGCAUCGAUCUUCAUAAAGCUCAACCUCGAUAGUUGCCGGAACAAAGCGCUUGAGCUGUUUCCUGACGACUGCAAGUACCACUACUCUUCGGCUGAACUUGAUGGAGUCCAGACUAUUACUCCGUGUCAGUCCUGGCGCGAUAACCGCCCUGAUGCGAUCCUUGGGCUCUUGUUUAGGCACGAAGAUGGCCGCCAGCGCUGUGUUGGCCAGGUUACCUCUGAGACCAUGUGGAUAUGCUAUCCAGAGACGGAUGAACUCAGCUGGCGCCCCUCACAUGAAGAAGACGCAUCUGGUGUUGACUUCAUGUCGUUCGAGGAGCCUGAUGAAUGGGACGAACCAUAUAUCAAGACUCCUAUGCGAGGGUGUCUGGACUGGUACUUCAGUGAAAAACUGUGUCAUCCAUCCCACCGAGACGAUAGUGAGUCCCUGGACGAACUUCUGGAGGUACUGGCUCAAGAGGCUACCCCUGGUAUGCCACUGGGUCAUAUAGUCAAACCAUUUCGGUCCUCGUUGGAAGAGACAUGA